AUGAAGCUACACUCGUGGUCAACAGACGACCCGAAGCAUCCCAGAGUUGUUUUCAGCUACGAGGUGCCCAGCCACAACUCCAAUCGGAUGGGAAACAUGCAUGGCGGGUGUACGGCAUCCCUCUUCGAUUUUGCGACGAGCUUGCCGGUCUGCUUGAUAAACAAGCCCGGAUUCUGGUUCUACCUGGGCGUGAGCAGGACGCUGAAUGUGACCUACCUCAGGCCGAUACCUGUGGGCGAGAAGAUCUUCAUCGAGUGUGAGAUUAUGAGUAUCGGGAAGACGCUGUGUACGAUUAGGGGCAUCAUGCGGAGGCAGAGCGAUGGUGUUGCGCUGGCGACUUGUGAGCAUGGCAAGUUCAAUACGGAUCCAGAACCUGAGAAGGACAAUAGCAAGAGUAAACUAUGA